GGUCAAGCAUGCGUUAGUGACAUUAGCUCUCUCCGACCAUUUUCUCAAUCGCGCCAUCAUUCCCGCCGACGUCUCGCUUGAUUUCGAACCCUCAGAAUGAAUCUACGCUGGUCUCCGCCGACCGCAGUUCGUGCCGACCAACAACACUCCCACGCACCCCCUCAGAGAACCCCUUUGAGUCUUGCGCCCAUCUGCCACUGAGAUUGCUCUGCGCGUCUUCAAAGCAAAGAUGCCUCUGUGGCCGUUUCGGCGCGGGAGUCGCCGAAAGCGCGGCCGCGCAAACUCGGUGGACCAUGAGGACUACGAAACACGUGCGGUGGAGGGCUCGGGGCUUCCGCCGAGAAGCCAAACAGUGCCGGAAGUCGCCAUGGCCGUUGUCAGCACCACACCAGAGCGACACCCGAGCAAGAGGCAACGCACCGAGCCGAACAAACUACAGCGAAGGCCUCGAAGAUACAGCUUUUCUCCCGGUCGUCACGAUUCUGUGCGCGUUGGCGCUGGAAAGAUCGCGAGGUCUCAUCGAGAUUCAGACACACCCUCUCCAAAUCGCAGGCUUGAAAAUCAUGCUAUCGGAGCCGUCGUCGCCAAUGGCGUGGACCCCGUGAAAGACGAAGCCCUGUGGCGGGUGCCUACGCUCCGGAACAAGAGGGAAGGCGAUCACUUACCCCGCAAAAUGUCAAGCAAGAAGCGUCGGAAGCGCGACCACCAACGCGAGGCCGAGAUCAAGGCGAUGAGCGCUUUUGUUCCUGUUCGGCCCUCCCCCGAGGAUUGGAUGGCUGGGCGUCCAGUCAAGAAGGAGAGCAGGAGACUCACGACGGGCUUCAGUGUCGGCAUCAAGAGAACCGACUUCGACAGGUUCAACCGAUCGUCAGAUAUCUCGUUGCCCCUCCCAGAGUCGAUAGACUCUGCCCUGUCAUCGGACUCGGAUUACAUUUCCUACAAAGUCUCAGCUUUCGAGGCUCUCGCUCCUCGACCCACGCUGCGCUACACCACGCAUGCAAGGACGGGCGCCGGUGUCCUCGAUGGUACAGGAUUGAUGCGCCAGCCGUCGCAACGACGGGGCAAGCUUGCUGUGCCGAUCCCCGAGGCAACUUUGAAGGCGCACAAGCGCGUCGACAGUCUCGCCGACGAUCUCACCGCGAGCGACCUGCGAGAACUCAUGGAGCGGGAUCAGCGCAGACGGGCGAGGAAGAGGCAACUGGAGCAAGAGAAGCUGGAGAAGAGGAUCGCACGUCGAGCCGAGAAACAGAAAGCUGCCGUGGCCGAAGCUGAGAGACACGGCAGGGACUCUCCCCCCAACCUGGAGAGAGGCGUUCUCGGCCGGGAAGAUGUUGGCUUGGGGAUCGAUCCACCUUCUGCCGUGGUUACCUCUUCGAGGAUACGGCAACAGCAGUCUGGUGUCACGCCGGACGAGCUCGGAGACUCCGGGAAAGGUGAAGAGGGAGCCGCCCGUGCGGGUAUCCAACAAGAUCCCUUGACGGCCUUUCACCGGGUCGACAGCAUCCCGUUGCCAACCCCGACCGCACCCACCGCGUCCAAGGAGCCUGAUGCGCCAGCCCUGACGAAGCCUGCUUCGAUGGGCUCGUUCCGCAGAAAGCUGUCGCGCUCUAAAUCUCCCCAAGAAUCUCAAUCGAGAACUGAACGAUCUGAUGUGCCGCCGACCGAGUCCGAGGACCGGACUCCCAAAGGCCCCCGUUCCUGGGCCUCGUUCUUCAAGUGGGGUAACAAGAAAAAGCGGAGCUCGGGAGGCCCCUCUUCGUUCUCCAACACGUCGCGGGACUCGAUGCCAACGACGCCGGCGCCGACGCCGGCCGCCAACAUGGUGCCAUCCCGGCGGGUUGCCUCGGGUGUGCCAAAGCGCACCAUGUCCCGCUUCCGUGAGGAUCUCCCUGAAAUGCCCAUGUCGCCGCCCGAAUCUCGAAUGCAGUCGCCCGAGGCCGAGAACAUGCAUUCCGUGGUCGCGCCCUCCGGCCUGCCUCCUUUUGCCGAGGCGGCUGCCCCGGCACCACUAUCGCCUCCUCAGGCAAGCCAUGACACUCCGGUGUCCGAACAACGGUCUGUCGAGGCGAUGCGCCAGACCCCAUCCUCCUUCAGCCACGCAGACGAGCCUGGAGUCUCCCCGGAACCGCAGGCCAUUUCUCUUGCAUCCAUUGACUCGGAGGGGUCCUGGUUUGCGGGGAGGUUAUCUAAGAAGCGCAAGUCGUCGGGCAUUUUGGAACAAGCCCACGGCCUCCGGCUUCCCCGGCUGACGCCCGAGUCAGAUCUGGAGCGGCGUGUGGAACACGAAAACAAUGCUGAUGAUCUGUACACGACCGAUGACGAAUACCUCACACGACUCGCGCCUCCGCAGGGCGACCGAUCUGCAUGGAAUCGCAAAUCUACCGGGGAAGCAAGGCCGUCUAGCGACUGGGGCGAGGAGGCCGCUCAAUGGGGCAACGUCAGAGGCCAGCAACCCACGCUUGUUUCGUCGCACGCGGUCGGCCGAGUGAAAAGCCGCGAGGGGCUGCUGAAUUCGUUUGGUGAGGAGGGCGAGAGUACCCCUGAGUCCGGGGACCUGGCCGACAGCAGUGACAGUGAUGGCGAGGUUGGACUCCAGCGAGCGACGAGUAUCGACUACGGAAAGGCGCACGCCCGUCGAAUCAGCGCCGGAAGCGCGCGGCUGCUCUCGAUUACUCCCCGUUCUUCUGUUGAUGCGAAGCAAACAACCCUCGCACAGACGGAGACCGGAUCAUAGGAGUUCUUGAGGGAGUCCCUGCAUUUGGCGGAUUGGGAGCAACACAUUCACAGACUGGGGUUUAACUGGCUGACCUGGAAAACACACCACGCACUCGCUUGAACAUUUCCUUGACUCUGUCAUGGCUUCACCGACCGGCAUUCGCUCCUUGUCAUGCUCAAUUUCCUAUCUUCUGUCACAACAACCCAAAAACAAGAAAAGAAAAAAAAAAAAAAAAAAAAAA